AUGUCUCCGGACGUGGAAAAGGGACUUCAGGUCCAAGCUGCCUCCGGCGAUAGCAGGGCAGUCUCCGUUGAUCAAACCUCCCAGGAUGAGGAGAACCUCCACAAUGUCAAUUCUCCCCACGUCACGGACGGGCCUAUGAAAGGAUCUCCGGGGACAGUGUCGAAAAGUGCAUUUGGCCGCUUCAAUGAACGACUCACCUCAAUCAAAUUCUUUGAGGCUCGCGGUAUCGAGCGCGUUCCACUCGAGGAGCGCCAUGAGAUCAAGGCGACGAAUUACUUGCAGAUGAGCCUGCUGUGGUUCAGCACCAAUAUCACCGCGAAUAACAUGGCGCUUGGAAUGAUGGGGCCGCUGACGUAUGAUCUGGGAUUUGUUGACUCGGCGCUUUGUGCAACCUUUGGCGCGUUGCUUGGUGCUGCGGGUGUUGCGUAUAUGGGCACGUUUGGACCUGCUAGUGGCAAUCGGACUAUGGUCGUUGCGCGGUAUUUCAUGGGUUACUACCCCAGCAAGAUUGCAUGUCUUCUCAACAUCAUCAUCAUGCUGGGUUACGGCAUGAUCGACUGUUUAGUCGGCGGACAAGUCCUCUCUGCAGUGGCUGGGGGCCGAAUGACCGUCGUCGUGGGAAUUAUCAUCAUCGCCAUCGUGACGUGGGUGAUUGUUCUCUUCGGCAUGAGUCUCUUCCAUAUCUACGAACGAUACGCAUGGGUUCCUCAGCUCAUCGCCGCCUUCGUUCUUGUCGGCAGCGCUGGGCCCAAAUUCGACACUUCGAUCGUUUCAAAUGGAACGUCGCAAACUAUCGCCGGCAAUCGUCUUUCGUUCUUCUCACUGUGCUUAUCUGCCUCGGUGGCGUGGGCACCUGCAGGCGCCGACUUCUUCGUCUACUUCCCACCCACAACGUCAAAGUGGAAGACUUUCCUUAUGACAUUCCUAGGCGUCGGACUAGCAUUGACAUUCGCCAAUCUCCUAGGCGUUGGCCUGGGCUCUGGAGCACUGACACGUCCAUCCUGGGAAACAGCCUACAACACGUCCUCCGGGUCCUUGAUCCUCGCAGGCUACGAGGGUCUAGGUGGCUUCGGCAAAUUCAUGGGCGUCUUAGUCGCCCUGGGUCUUAUUGCAAACAACAUCCCCGGCACAUAUUCCGCCUCUCUCGGAUUCCAAAUCAUGGGCCGCCAAUUAGCCCGGAUGCCGCGUUGGUUCUAUUCUUGCGUCGGCGUGGUGAUUUAUACGGCUUGUGCGCUUGGCGGAAGGAACUAUCUCUUCGAUAUCUUUGAUAACUUCCUCGCGUUGAUGGGGUACUGGGUUACUAUCUACCUGAUGAUUGCCGUGGAGGAACAUACUAUCUUCCGCCGAAGGACGGGCUUUAACUGGGAUGACUGGGCUGAUCCCUCCAAGUUGCCGGUUGGGCUUGCGGCUCUGAUGGCUUUCUUGAUUGGUUGGGCGGGCGCUAUUGUUUCUAUGAACCAAGUGUGGUAUGUUGGGCCUAUUGCAAAGAUGGUUGGUGAGGAUGGCGCGGACUUGGGUAUCUGGGUUGGUAUCUCGUGGACUAUGUUGGUGUAUCCACCGAUGCGGUGGUUGGAACUUAAGAGGUUUGGUCGGUGA